UUGUUCUUUGUAUUACAGAUAGUGAAUUUUAAACUUCUUAACAAAUACUGAAGAGUAAUAAAUGCUGUUUAUUUGCACGUUGUUGUGUGUGUUUUUGGCGAGUGAUGUCACUAACGCAAAAGAUUCGAGUAUCACCGGAUCGCACUGGAUAGUUGUUCCGGACAGAUACACCCCUGGGGUGCCGAUUCCGCUGACGUUUAAUUUCUACAACAUUUCCGGGGUUGAUGUCGAUGUACAAGUUGACUUGAUACGUGAUGAUCAUCACAGUGUGUCGACGCUUACUCAUACCUUCAAGGGAGCCAAAUCAGAACUAGUGCAAUUAAAGGUACCAGAUACUGGAGAUGAUCCGAACAGGUACACCUUACUGAUAAACGGUCUAAAUGGGUUAUUCUUCCAACAACAUGCCAUUCUUUAUUACGACUCUGGUGCCGUACCAGAAAUGUUCGCAAUUCACAUACAGACGGACAAAGGAAUAUACAAACCAGGACAGACAGUUCGUUUCCGGACAUUCGGGAUAUCUUCUGAUAUGAUGGUUUACAGUGGUCAGUUUAAUAUCUCAAUUUACGAUCCAAAGGGCAAUCAGAUGAAGAAGCUCGUGAAUGUAUCAGAACCUAUCUACGGUGUUUUUGAAGAUGUUUUCGUCAUGGACACUGAACCCGUGCUUGGAAAGUGGAGAAUUAAAGUCAGCGUGGACAGACAAAAGACAGCAACUGAAGAGAAAUAUUUCAAAGUGGAUAAAUACGUUUUACCAAAGUUCCAGGUGAAGCGUAGAACUAACUCCCUAUUGGUCCCGGCCCAAAGGGAAAGGGCAUGGAACCUAUACUGUUACAUUGUUUGCAGAUACACAUAUGGCAAGCCUGUAAUAGGCACAGUAAAGUUAUAUGCUGACAUUGACUACAGCAAAACGCCAUGGAAAAAACAUGGAGAUGAAGUCAUGGUUGAGGCUACUUUUGAUAUAAAUGGGGAAGCCAAAUUUACCGUUCCAUUCAGUAGAAUUACGAAUGAAGUCGAUCCAUACACGUUUCAACCAUUUGUGGAAAAACUGGCAGGGUAUCACCUGCUGAUAAAAGCAUCCGUUACAGAGAGUAUUAAUAACAUUACAAAGAACGCUACAUCUCAGGUUGUAUUCUACCAAGAACCAUACAAGAUGCACUUUGACCAUUCCUCCAGUAUGUCGUUUUUCAAGCCAGGACUUCCAUACAUCGGACAUGUUAUACUGACUCAAGCUAAUGGAAAUCCAAUUAUUUCGAGUACAGAAAACGUUCGCCUUGUCAGUUAUGUGAAGUUCUAUGACCAUGAAUCACACAGAUACAGGGCCAAAUAUCUUACUGAACAAACUUAUGCUCCAUCGGUCACUGGUAGCAUCGAGAUUUCAGUCAUCCCCCCGGUUAACGCAUCUUCUUUACAUCUAGAGGUAUUUUAUGAGGGACUCACUGAUACAUUGAACGUUCAGAAACCUUACUGGCUAAUGGACGAUGGAAACAUUCAAAUUUCACAAAACUCGUCAUCAAUCGUGGUUGGAAAAGAUGCUGUGUUCAAUGUAAUAAGAUCAGACGGUCUGCACCAUAUUCCAUUCUUCUACGCUAUAUUUGCAAACUCUCGUAUGCUACAAACGGGCUACCUGCAUGACAAUGCAUCCAAUACAAUGCAGCUGUCUUUCCACGUGACCGACAAGAUGAAGCCAUACGGAAAACUCGUUGUUUACUAUUUCGAUACCGACUUGUGGAAUGCUGACGCACUGUAUUUCGACGUUAAAGAAGAUGCUAACAAAUUCAAAAACAAGGUUGCUUUGUCAUUCGACAAAAGUCAAGCAGAGCCUGGGGAGAACGUAAGCUUGUCCAUAACAAGUGAUCCCCAGUCGUUGGUAAACCUUCUUGCUGUUGACCAGAGCGUCUUGCUUUUAGCAUCCGGAAAUGACGUCACACAGUCUGACGUUAUAAGAUCGCUACAACCUUCCUCGCACUCCUCGGCAGAUUCUAGUGAAUUGCAUGAUCCCAAAAGGGUCAUGGAGGGACAAGGUUUUCAAUUACUGACUGACGUUCAUGGAUUCCAGUGGGCUACUGGGUUUCAUAAACGUCAAAUAGAUUGUGGACCGUAUCCAGGUGGAAUGCCACCAUCAGCUUUGCCAGGUUUAAUUAUGCCUGCAUCACCAACAGCUGUACCAGUUUUAUUGUCCGGUGCAACACCAACAGCUAGUUCAGGUUUAGUGUCCGGUGCAAUACCAACAGCUAGUUCAGGUAAACAUUUUCUAGAACAGGAAACUUGGUAAAAUUAUGAAAUCAUUUUUUCU